AUGGUGCCGAGGAGGCGGCGGUGGCGGCGCGGGGCGCUGCGGGCCGCGCUGGUGGCGCUGGGGCUGCUGGUGCUGGUGCUGGCCGGGGGAGGGGGCGGCGAGGAGCUGCUGGCGGCGGCCCUGGCGGCCUGGGGGAGGGGGAGCGUGGGAACAGGGGCGGGGCUUGUGGAAGGGGCGGGGCUUGAGGGUGGGAGGUUCGUGAAUGGGGAGGGGUUCGGGGAGGGGGAGAGGGCACUUAGUGAGGGCCUUGGGAAAGGGGAUCCGGAGGUCCUAAAGGGACGUUCGGGUGCGAGAAACGGGGGGCCGGGGGUCCUAAAUGGCACUUCGGGGGGCGUAAACGGAGGUCCCGGUGCCCCAAACCGGGGUCCGAGUGCCCAAAACGAGGGUCCCGAUGCUCCAAACCGGGGUCCCGGGGUCCCCAACGGGGGUCCCGCCGCCCCUCCCGGCUGCCUCGGCCUCCUCUCCGGCGGCUCCGGCGACCUCGACGAGGGUGCACAGCCCCGCCCCCGGCCCACCACCCCCAAAAUCCUGCUGGCCCCGCCCCUGUGCCGGCCCCGCCCCUUUUCUGCUCGUCCUCGUGCCCAGCGCCCCCUCCCACCUCCCCGGCGCCUCGCGGUGCGUGACACGUGGGGGCGACCCCGCCCACCACGACCCUCCUCCCCCCUCUCCCGCACCCUCUUCGUGCUGGGCGUGCCCCCCACCCCGAAUUCGCAGCGGGAGCUGCUCCGCGAGUGGCGGCUCCACGGGGACCUCCUGCAGGGGGAUUUUGGGGACUCCUACUCCAACCUCACCUGGAAGACGCUGCUGCUGCUGCGCUGGGCCCUCUCCUGCUGCGGGGGGGCCCCCUUCGUCCUCAAGGCCGACGAUGACACCUUCGUGAACCCGCCCGCUAUCGCGACGUACCUGUCGUCGCCCGCCACGCCCCGCGAGCUCUACCUGGGCCGCGUCCACUGGCGCGUGGCCCCAAACCGUGAUCCCCGCAGCCGCCACCACGUCCCCGCGCGGCUCUAUCGCGACAGCGCCUUCCCGCCCUACUGCAGCGGCACGGCCUACGUGCUGUCGCGACAGGCGGCGGCGGCGGUGCUGGCGGCGGCGCCGCGCGUGCCCCUCGUGGGGCCCGAGGACGUGUGGGUGGGGCUGUGCGCCCACCGGGCGGGGGUCGCGCCGCGCCACUCGGCGAGGUUCGGGGGCUCGGCGCGGGUCCCCCCCGAGCGCUGCUGCCUGGGCGAGGUGAUGUUCAGCGCCCACCGCCUGCGCCCACACGAGCUCAGGGCGCUCUGGGGAGGGGGCUUGGGGGUUUAG